CCAAGACUUCCGCCCUCCAGUCAGCUGACUGGCUGACGUGGGUCACAUGACCAACCAGGAACCGCUGCCUCGGUCCACCGCUACAGGCAAACAAAAACACUGAAAGCAGAACACGGUUAUCCACAAUGCUUAAAACAAUCUCGGAGACAUGGAGCCGUUUGUGAGUCGUGUGUGUUUGUCCCUGCUGUGGCUGUUUUCCGGAGUUUCGCCCGGACUUUGUUCGCUAACGGAGCAGCAACGUGGGCUGAGUCUGAACGGCAAAUGGAGGCUGUCAAACUCCAACGGGUCUCUGAAGUUGCCCGCAGAGGUGCCCGGCUGCGUCCACUCAGCCCUGCAGCAACAGGGAUACAUCCCGAACCCAUAUUUCAGGUUUAAUGACGUCUCAUAUCGGUGGAUUGCACUUGACAACUGGACAUACACGACCAUUUUUACUGUGCCAGUCCAGCUGAGGCUCAAACAGAAGGUGCUCCUUGUCUUUGACGGUGUGGACACAGUCGCAUCCAUUUCUCUAAAUGGGGUCUCAGUUGCAAAAACGGACAACAUGUUUCGCAGAUAUCGUUUGUCAGUCGGCGACCUGCUGAGGGAUGGGGACAACAUGCUGGAGGUUAGUUUCCUGUCCCCAGUUACCUUUGCCUCUGAGCAGAGGAAGGCUCAUUCAUCCUACAGAGUCCCUCCCGAGUGUCCUCCAGAUGUCCAGAAGGGGGAAUGUCACGUCAAUUUCAUCAGAAAAAUGCAAAGCUCUUUCAGUUGGGACUGGGGGCCUUCCUUCCCCACGAUAGGGCUGUGGAAAGGAGUUCGACUGGAGGCGUUUGAUGUCCUGCAGCUCGUCCAGCUUUCCUCCCUUCCUCUGUACAAUUCCAGCUGCUCUCAGUGGAGACUUCAGGUUGAGCUCAUUGUUGAGGCAGCUCAGACUACGCAUGGCCAGGUCAGGCUCUCUGUGCCAGACUUGGCCUCAGAGCAAACCCUCGAGGCACAGUUUCUUCCGGGGAGGAGGAAGUAUAACUUCACCCUAUACAUCAGCCAGAGGGCCCAAAUAAAGCUUUGGUGGCCCAGUGGACAUGGCAAUCAGCCCUUCUACCGUCUCACCGUCAGUGGAUUUCAGGAUGGACUUUUAGUCCUUAGCACAGAAUCUAAGGUGUUUUUUCGCACUGUGGAACUCGUCCAGGAGCCAAUUACUGGAUCUCCCGGCUUGAGCUUUUAUUUCCGCAUCAACGGGAAGCCAGUUUUCCUCAAAGGCUCCAACUGGAUCCCAGCGCAUUCCUUCCAGGACCAAGUCACCCCCGACAUCUUAAAGAACUUGUUGCGAUCGGCGGUGGACGCCAACAUGAACGCCCUCAGGGUCUGGGGAGGAGGAGUCUACGAACAGGAUCUGUUCUACGAUCUUUGCGACGAGAUGGGGAUCAUGGUGUGGCAGGACUUCAUGUUCGCCUGUGCCAUGUAUCCCACUGAGGAUGGCUUUCUGCAGACAGUAAGAAAAGAGGUCAUCCAGCAGGUUCAGCGCCUGAAGUCCCACCCUUCUAUAAUCAUUUGGAGUGGGAACAAUGAAAAUGAAGCAGCUCUGGCAACCGACUGGUUCAACAUCCCAACUUCCCAGAGACCUACUUAUGUGAAGGACUAUGUGGAGCUUUAUGUGAACAACAUAAAGCUCAUUGUGCAAGAGGAGGACCAGAGUCGUCCCUUUCUUGUCUCCAGUCCGACAAACGGGGCUGAAUCGGAGCACGAGGGCUGGGUGGCGGCAAACCCCUAUGACCCUCAUUAUGGAGACGUCCACUUCUACAGCUACAGCCUGGACUGCUGGGACUGGAAGACGUUCCCGCGGACGCGUUUCGCCUCCGAAUACGGCUUCCAGUCCUGGCCCUCCUUUUCCACACUAGAGCCGGUGUCCGUUCAAGAAGACUGGCACUACGGGAGUAAUUUCACCUCUCAUCGUCAACACCACGAGGGUGGAAACCAGCAGAUGCUGCAGCAGGCCGCUCUGCACUUCAUCCUGCCAAACUCCACAGAUCCCCUGAAAAGAUUUACACACACUCUUUAUAUCACUCAGGUCAUGCAGGCCCAGUGUGUGAAGACUCAGACAGAGUUUUAUCGGCGGAGUCGGAGCGAAAUCACCGAGGGCAAAGGUCGCACCAUGGGUGCACUCUACUGGCAGCUCAAUGACAUCUGGCAGGCGCCAUCUUGGUCAUCAGUUGAGUUCGGUGGGAAGUGGAAAAUGCUGCAUUAUUUUGCGCAGAGCUUCUUUUCCUCCGUCCUUCCUGUCGGUUUUGAGGAUGACGACAUGCUGUCCAUCUACGCCGUCUCAGACCUGAGUCACGACCUGAGGCUAAGAGCAGUGGUGACCGUGCACUCCUGGGCUGAUCUGGAUCCAGUCUGCCGCCUGACCUCGGCUGUCAUCCUGGUUCCUGGCGGCAGCGCCGUGGCCGUUUACCAGCGCAACACCGCCGCCCUGCUGGCCGGCUGUGGACGCUGCUCCCGCUCCAGCUGCCUGCUCACGUUCCACCUGGAGGACAGCGACGGCAACCAGCAGGGUCCAUCCAACCACCACUUCCUCUGCUCCCCCAAAGACGCCCAGGGGCUCCAGAAACCUAACAUUACAGCAAAGGUCCAGGAGGAUGGCGGCGGCUUCACGGUGACCCUCCGCUCCGCCGCCGUGGCUCCUUUUGUGUGGCUGGAUGUGGGAAGCAUCCCGGGGCGGUUCGGCUCGAACGGCUUCCUGAUGGUUACGCGCAACAAAACGGUCGAAUUUGCCGCGUGGCGCCCCACCAGCGUCGCCGAGCUCUCCACAUCUCUCACUGUCACGUCUCUGACGGACGUUUACUGACCUGAUAUGGGCCAGUUUCCCGUCCGAGUUCCGAAAAAAGGGCGGAGGUAACAGAUGGGAGAUGGUCUUUUCUUUUCACAUUGGCUGCAGAAGAGGUUUGACACUUGUGGGACCGUUAUUUUUCAUGGCAGUUUUUUAAAAGCUAUAAAACAACAUCACGAUCAUCACAAUGGGUGGAAUAUCUGUUCCGAAAUCAUCUGAGCAAGGUGAAGUAUAUAAAAUAUGUAUUCAGGCACCAGCAGGGAAGCUCUGGGACUAAAAGAGUCUUUAAUGUACACUGAAGUUGAUUUCCUUUGCCUCAUUUGCACAUGUUUAUUAUUGGAUCUAAGCCACCAGGGAUGUUUAGCACAUUUGUAUAGAUUUGAACGUUUGAAAAAAUAAAUUAAACUGUGAAGUGCUAUAUUUUUUAUCUAUUUGAAUAAACAAUUCCCCUCUUUGUUUAUUUUC